UCUAAACCUGCUCUUCACCUCCUCUGUGGUCCCUUACCUGAAAUACAUAAAAAAGGGAACAUGACAGCAUCUACAAUCAAAGUCCAUGGAUUACAAGCCCAUAUGCGACUAUUUGUGAUCUGGGCAGUACCUGUGCUAUUAUGAAGCUAAGGCCGUCAUCCAGGAGUGUAAAAAUACCUAACCUAAGCUGCUUAUGUGGCCCGCUUGGCCUUCUCUCCCAGUUCAGUUCCCUCCUCCCUGUGGAACAUGUUCCUUGUCUUCUCCCAUUUACCCAGUACGUUAUAUCGCCCUAAAAUAAAAUGAGCUUUACAUCUGGACAUAGAAAUUUUUACCGCUGAGACGGUAAAAGCAUCGACGAUGGCUGUCUUAAAAGUGACAUUUACAAAGACAAAUAGAGACAAACUGGCCCAGGUUUUAUGGGUCCUGAACUGGGUGUCUGUAAUAACUGGAGUCACGCUCUUCAGCCUGGGCCUGUUCUUAAAGGUGGAGAUCGUGAAGAGACGGGAGCUGAUGUCAAAAGAGAUUGUGUCAGUGCCAAACAUGCUUAUCUGUGUUGGCUUGACUGCCUGUGCGAUCAACUUCCUUGGGGGAAAGAUCUGCUAUGACUGUGUGGACACUACUAAGUUCCUGCGAUGGAAGCUGCUGAUACUGCCUUACAUCACAUGUACCUUUUUCUUUACAUUUUGUAUCCUCAUGGGAGCCCUGAUGUGCUAUAGCAUGCGUAACGAUCUGGAGGAGUCACUGUUUUUGGGCUUGCGUGAUGCCAUGCGUUACUAUAAGGAUACGGACAUGCCAGGCCGCUGUUACAUCAAGCGCACAAUGGACAUGCUGCAGAUGCAAUUUCAGUGCUGUGGAAACGGAGGCUAUCGAGACUGGUUUCACAUUCAGUGGAUUAGCAACCGCUACCUGGAUAUGACCGAUAGCGAAGUUGUGGAGCGACUACGGAGUAAUGUGGAGGGGAAGUAUCUGAUCAAUGGAGUGCCGUUUAGCUGCUGUGGCCUGCAUUCUCCUCGGCCCUGCAUCCAGCAUCAAAUCACUAACAACUCAGCACACUAUAAUUACGACUACCAGAAGGAGGAGCUGAACCUGAACCGGAGAGGCUGCAGACAGGCUCUGCUGGAGCACUACACACAGAUAAUGCAGUCCAUUGGCUUAAUCGUUCUUAUCAUCUGGCUUUUUGAGGUGUCAGUGUUGACAGGAGUGCGUUAUCUUCAGACAGCCAUGGAGAAUGUGCUGAGGUUAGGAGACCCUGACUCUGAGUCUGACGGCUGGCUUCUGGAGAACAGCAUUGCGGACACUGCACGUUAUAACUUCAACAUCAUCAAGAACCUGGGAAAGUGCUACCAGGUAGAUGACGAUCCCAACAUAGAUGUACCAAAUACCAGCCAGCAAGCACAAGAGAACGUGCCUGUAAAGCAAAUCCCUGUGGUCAGGUAGUACAAGAGACAUUGGACAUUGAGACUUACCCAGCCAUUCAACAAUGGCAGCCUUGGAGAGGCAGAUCAAGCUCUGCAUUGCAGCCUUUGACUCUUUACUUGAUGCAAACAAAGAGGAAUGGAAGUAUGGACUGAAACAGUAAACAUAAUGUGAAGGAGCUCUUAGCUAAAAGGCACUCCAUUGAAAUGUAAUCCUUGUGCCAUACAAAAGAAAAAGAUAAUGAAAUGUGAAAUGCAUUUUAAGAUGCUGGGGAACAGGACUGAUUUGUAACACUGCUUAGCACUGCUGUAAAGAAAGAUGGUAAUGGAAGACAAGCUUCCCUGUGCCUCUACCCUGUAAUGAAGAUUAUUUUGUCCAUCCUAAAAAUAUCUUAAUGAUAAACACAUUUCAAGUUAAUCUGGAAAAGGUUCAAUUAUAGACCUUUGUUUUAUUACUAAGGAGCUAUUACCAUCCAUAAUGUAUAAAAUGCCUUUUUCUCUUUCACUCACUUGCUUUACUUGUUUCAUUCAUGUGCAGUUUUCAUACUAGUAAACCAUUCACAUAUUGCUUUGGAGACUUGCAGUAUCUGACAAGGAUGAAUUUGUACUUGAUGGCUAAAAUGUUUUGUUUUUUUUCCCCCAGACAACUUAUUAAUACUAACAGUGGCUUCUGAAUGCAUUAUUGCAGCACUACUGUUUUAUAUAAGCUUAAAUUGUUUUGCAAUAUUUUAAACCUAUUCUGUGUAUUCUUUUAAUUGUGACUUUAUUUCCCACAAUUGCUACUUUUUUCUUAUAUUUGGUGACUAUUCAAAGCAAGAUGUUUUGUCAGUUUUUAUCAGGCAUUUCUCAUAUGCAAAAAUAAAGUCAGACAUCUGAGAAAUGAAAGGCGUAAAGUGGUUGAAAAAAAUCUCAAUUAUAAGAAAUAAAAUUAAAAUGCAGAGAUUUUAUUUGUAUUAUAAUUAAACUCUGAUUUUCUACCACUUGAUAAAAAUGUUUUGGGCGACAAGAGGGGUCCUCCAAAAAAGCUGGUCACAUGGGGCUGGGGUGUCUUCAAUUUAAGCGUUUGCCAAGAUUAUUAUAUUUUUCUGCUGUAUUUAUCAGCUUGUAUUAAAACAUCUAGGCUAAUUUUUCAUUAUAUUUCAGAAGUGAAUAGCCUACAUUUGAGGGGAAAAGAUGAAAAAAAAAAAAGAUGUGACAAUGAUUCAAAUCUACAGCGUUUCAAGUUUGUUGUUAAUAUUUUGUAAGCCCUUCAAGGCAAGCCAAGGAAUGGUUAACUUUUGUGCACAAGAACUGCUCCAAACCAAAUCCCCUGAACUAAAGAGAUUGUUCUGCACUUAUCUUGGAGUCCGUCACCGAGACACCCAUCCGAUUAACAGCGUUUUCUCCACCUUGGAUUAAAAACAAAUAGA